AUGGGCAAGGCCGACCUCGAAACUCUCAAGCAGCAAAAGAAAGCCAAAAAGCUUGCUCAAAAGGAAGUAUCCAAAGGCAACGCACAGCAGCAGCUUCCUCCAUCACCAUUGCAGCGAUCGUUCAAGACCAUACCGAAUCCACGUCCACUUGCAAAAGGUCGAUUGGGAUCGUUCACUGUCAUGACGUUCAACAUCUUGGGGCAAUGUUUGGUGAAACGAGAGCUGUUCCCUGAUUCGGGUGAGAUGUUGAAGUGGAAAACGCGCCGUAAUAUGAUUGCUGCCGAGAUAUCCAUGUAUAAGCCAGACGUGAUGUGUCUUCAAGAGGUGGAUCAAUACGAUACAUUCUACAAGCCGCUUUUGGAGAAACUUGGUUACAAGGCUGAACAUUUCACUCAUCCCAAAAAGAAGCAUGGCUGCUUGAUUGGAUACAAUGCAACUUUAUUUGAGAUGGUCAAUUAUACAACAGUGGAUUAUGAUUCAGACAAGCUAUGCCCACCCACUUGGAUUACUGGGAAUAUUGCUCAAAUCAUGGCGCUUAAGCAUUUGGAACAUCCUGGAUUUGGUAUUGUCCUUGGCAACACUCACAUGUAUUGGCGACCCAAUGCUACUUAUGAGCGUUUACGACAAACGGCCAUCUAUACUGAGCGGCUCAUGGAGUUCAAAAAUACCUUGGAUUCGAGCACAGAAUGGGUCCCAAUUGUCAUUGGUGAUUUCAACACCGGACCUACCGAUCCUGGUCAUGCUGCAGUGACGAGCACUGAGCUUCCACAGAAAGAGGAAAAAGAAUUGGAGGAAUCAAGAUUGAACCCUGGCUCUUUUAUGGAACAAGAAGAAGAAUCACCCAAUGUUACUGGGCAAGAACAAGGGGAAGAGGCGCCCAUUGAACCCACCAAGACAAUGCCGACAUGUGACCUCGUACAAGUGUUGAAGAAAUAUACACCAAGAUGGCAGAGCAUCUACAGCUGUUAUGGAGAAUUGGAUAGUGCAAUGUCAUAUUCGGCAAGUGGUGAACCAAAGUUUACCAAUUAUACUGUUGCCUACAAGGGUACUUUGGAUUAUAUCCUCGUUCGUGAUCAAGAAGAUACCGUUUCAGCAACCGAGAUAUUGAUGCUUCCCCCAGAGGAAAGUGUGAUGCCAUCCCUUCCAAAUAGAAACUUUGGCAGUGAUCACAUGUGCUUAAUAGCCAAAUUCGAUUUUACAGCUUAG